GAGAGCAGAGUAUACCGCAGACAUCAUUUCUACUACAGUGGCGGAGCCGUACAGGACCUGUUUCACUGCAGGGGGAUCCAAAACAAGCCCCGGGGAGCAGCAGCCAGAGCAAGAGCAGCCGCCAGACAUUGUUUCUCUCCCUCUGCCCCCCUUCCCCACGCAACCCCAGAUCCAUUUACACUUUACACAUCCCAGAGCAUAGUGAAAGAGUCUAUUUUGAAGUCUCAAACGUAGUGCUGUUGCAGACCAGAAACAAGAGAGAAAGAGUGGAUUUCAGCCUACGCGGAUGGUCUUGAAACACAAAUGGUUUUUGGUCUAGACAUUUUUCAUUGAGAUUCUCCACUGCCACCCUUUCUACUCAAGCAAAAUCUUCGUGAAAAGAUCCGCUACAAGGAACAGCUGAUAGCUUACGGUUCUUCAUUGUGAUGAAAGCACAUGGUACAGUUUUCCAAAGAUAUUAGACCGUUUUCUUCGUGAAAAGAAAUCGACCUGCUGUUUUCAUAGGGUAUUUCUCACCUCGCUGUGAAAGGAAGAAAGAACACGCCUGAGCCCAAGAGACCUCAGGAGCCCUCCAGCACCUGUGGGAAGUCUCCAUGGUGAAGUAUAGGCUGAGGCUACCUGUGAACAGUACGCAGUGAAUGUUCAUCCAGAGCUGCGGCUGGCGGAUCGCCCCCACGGGGAGAUGAUUCCUCAUGAAGAGCCUGGAUCCCCUACAGAAAUCAAAUGUGACUUUCCGUUUAUCAGACUAAAACCAGAGUCAGCCAGACAGUGAAACAGUCACCGUGGAGGGGGGACGGCGAAAAAUGAAAUCCAACCAAGAGCGGAGCAACGAAUGCCUGCCUCCCAAGAAGCGCGAGAUCCCCGCCACCAGCCGGUCCAGCGAGGAGAAGGCCCCCGCCCUGCCCAGCGACAACCACCGGGUGGAGGGCGCAGCAUGGCUGCCGGGCAAUCCUGGUGGCCGGGGCCACGGGGGCGGGAGGCACGGGCCGGCCGGGACCUCGGCGGAGCUUGGUUUACAACAGGGAAUAGGUUUACACAAAGCAUUGUCCACAGGGCUGGACUACUCCCCGCCCAGCGCGCCCAGGUCUGUCCCCGUGGCCACCACGCUGCCCGCCGCGUACGCCACCCCACAGCCAGGGACCCCGGUGUCUCCCGUGCAGUACGCUCACCUGCCGCACACCUUCCAGUUCAUUGGGUCCUCCCAGUACAGCGGGACCUACGCCAGCUUCAUCCCGUCACAGCUGAUCCCCCCCACCGCCAACCCCGUCACCAGUGCGGUGGCCUCGGCCGCAGGGGCCACCACUCCAUCCCAGCGCUCCCAGCUGGAGGCCUAUUCCACUCUGUUGGCCAACAUGGGCAGUCUGAGCCAGGCGCCGGGACACAAGGCUGAGCAGCAGCCGCAGCAGCCGCCACCGCCGCAGCAGCACCUCAGCAGGGCUCCGGGGCUCAUCACCCCGGGGUCCCCCCCGCCCGCCCAGCAGAGCCAGUACGUCCACAUUUCCAGUUCUCCGCAGAGCACCGGCCGCGCCGCCUCUCCUCCAGCCAUCCCCAUCCACCUCCACCCCCAUCAGACGAUGAUCCCACACACGCUCACCCUGGGGCCCCCCUCCCAGGUCGUCAUGCAAUACGCCGACUCCGGCAGCCACUUUGUCCCUCGGGAGGCCACCAAGAAAGCCGAGAGCAGCCGGCUGCAGCAGGCCAUCCAGGCCAAGGAGGUCCUGAACGGUGAGAUGGAGAAGGGCCGGCGGUAUGGGGCCCCGUCCUCGGCCGACCUGGGCCUGGGCAAGGCGGGUGGCAAGUCGGUCCCUCACCCGUACGAGUCCAGGCACGUGGUGGUCCACCCGAGCCCCUCCGACUACAGCAGUCGCGACCCCUCGGGGGUCCGGGCCUCUGUCAUGGUCCUGCCCAACAGCAGCACGCCCGCGGCCGACCUGGAGGUGCAGCAGGCCACUCAUCGCGAGGCCUCCCCCUCCACCCUCAACGACAAAAGCGGCCUGCACUUAGGGAAGCCGGGCCACCGGUCCUACGCGCUCUCACCCCACACGGUCAUUCAGACCACACACAGUGCUUCAGAGCCACUCCCGGUGGGACUGCCAGCCACAGCCUUCUACGCGGGGACUCAACCCCCUGUCAUCGGCUACCUGAGCGGCCAGCAGCAAGCGAUCCCCUACGCCGGCAGCCUGCCCCAGCACCUGGUGAUCCCCGGCACACAACCCCUGCUCAUCCCGGUUGGCAGCACUGACAUGGAAGCGUCGGGGGCAGCUCCGGCCAUCGUCACGUCGUCCCCCCAGUUUGCUGCAGUGCCUCACACGUUCGUCACCACCGCCCUUCCCAAGAGCGAGAACUUCAACCCGGAGGCCCUGGUCACCCAGGCCGCCUACCCGGCCAUGGUGCAGGCCCAGAUCCACCUGCCCGUGGUGCAGCCCGUGGCCUCCCCCGCGGCGGCCCCCCCGACGCUGCCUCCCUACUUCAUGAAAGGCUCCAUCAUCCAGUUGGCCAACGGGGAGCUGAAGAAGGUGGAAGACUUAAAAACAGAAGAUUUCAUCCAGAGCGCAGAGAUAAGCAACGACCUGAAGAUCGACUCCAGCACGGUGGAGAGGAUCGAAGACAGCCAUAGUCCGGGCGUGGCCGUGAUACAGUUCGCCGUCGGGGAGCACCGAGCCCAGGUCAGCGUUGAAGUUUUGGUAGAGUAUCCUUUUUUUGUGUUUGGACAGGGCUGGUCUUCCUGCUGUCCGGAGAGAACCAGCCAGCUCUUUGAUUUGCCGUGUUCCAAACUCUCAGUUGGGGAUGUCUGCAUCUCGCUGACCCUCAAGAACCUGAAGAACGGCUCUGUUAAAAAGGGCCAGCCCGUGGAUCCCGCCAGCGUCCUGCUGAAGCACUCAAAGGCCGACGGCCUGGCGGGCAGCAGACACAGGUACGCCGAGCAGGAAAACGGAAUCCACCAGGGGAGUGCCCAGAUGCUGUCUGAGAACGGCGAACUGAAGUUUCCAGAGAAAAUGGGAUUGCCCGCAGCGCCCUUCCUCACCAAAAUAGAACCCAGCAAGCCUCCGGCCACGAGGAAGAGGAGGUGGUCGGCGCCGGAGAGCCGCAAACUGGAGAAGUCAGAAGACGAACCACCUUUGACUCUUCCUAAGCCUUCUCUAAUUCCUCAGGAGGUUAAGAUUUGCAUUGAAGGCCGGUCUAAUGUAGGCAAGUAGAGGCAGCGUGGGGAAAGGAAACGUGGCUCUCCCUUAUCAUUUGUAUCCAGAUUACUGUACUGUAGGCUAAAUAACACAGUAUUUACAUGUUA